AUGUCCAGUCCGCCGCCCGCCGCGGUUGCAGGCCCGGCCCCGGGCGGCCCGCGGGCGGGGGCGGGGCGGGGCGGGCGCGGCGCCCGCGGCCGCUGGGCGGGAGGACCGGCCCGGGGCGGGCGCGCGACGCACCUGCCGAGCCCGCCGGCGACGCGGGGCCCGGAGCCGCGGGGGCGGCGGCCGCGCUCGCCUGGGGCCCACGCCGCGCGGCGAGACCGGCCAGCCCCGGAGCCGGGGAGCUCUGGGCGCACUGGCCGCGCCGGGCGCGAGGUGACCGGAGCUGUCCCCGCCCCGGAGGCCGCGUCGGGCAUCCAUCCAGGGAAGGGGCCGGCGCACCCACGCAGCGCGCGCGGGGGACCCGGGGCGCGCGCCCGGCUGUGGUCUGGAGAGCGGAGGCGAGGAAGCGCGGUUCCCCUUCUGGAUCGGAAGGAGCCGCGUCUGCUCGCGCAGCGGGUCCUCCUGGUUCUGAGAUUCCGAGUGAGCGCAGCGGCCUCGCGGGAGCCGUCCAUGACCUUGCUGCCUGCCAUCCGCUGUCGCAGCAUCUUUGUCACCAGGAACUGA